AUGGCUCAACCAGGUGACCCCCUAGCUACGGAAUCUCUACCACCGUAUGAAAUCCUCCACUUUAUGUACGGUGUUGGCACUUACGCCGAAUUAACUAUACUUUGCUAUGGGAAACGAUUCCAUAUCAAGAUAUCCGCCGAGAAUCUUCAAGGAGAUCCCAAUGUCGAAAGCGAAUAUUUGUCUCUACUCCGCAAGCUGGAUUCGGACGAGCCAUUCGAGCAGAAUGAUGAUGUGGGUGAUCCAAUGGAAGAGCUAUCUUUCUGGAUUGCUUUCAAGUGUAACUCAGAGAUGAGAGUAUUGGGUUCCGAACGACAACCCCAACUUCACACUCUCUAUGAUUGGUUUUAUCCUGACACCCUCAUUCUUACUCCUAAAAUCAUUGACGGGAGGCUGAAUGUGCAAUCCUCUACACCGAGUCAGCAGUUCCUGCAGGAACUUACGCCAAAUGUGGAAUUGCCCAGUUCGAUCGCAGACUUUGGGAUUCCAGUUGUUCCGCCCUCGAAAGUCUUGUUGCCACAUGACACGGCAGGGGGAGACUUACCUCAACGACCAACGAAGCAGCCCACGUCAGUGAAAACGCAAAUCGAGAAAUAUCAGUAUUGCUCUGUAUUCAGAAACUCGGCCUGUCGGGCAUUAUCCGUGCGCCAACGAUACUUGAGUUCGUGGAUUUUCAAAGCGAUCCGAAACAUGAUAGGAAAGUUACAUGCUGCGGGGAUAGUUUGGGGCGAUGCGAAGCCGGACAAUAUCCUGGUCGGUGCUGACGAUAAUCUUUGGAUUAUCGACUUUGGUGGGGGCUACACCCAUGGCUGGGUCGAUGAAGACAAGGAAGGAACUAUGGAGGGGGGCAGCCAAGCUCUAUCCAGGAUUGUUAAUUUUCUCUUGGAUAAAAGCUCGGAAUAAUCCGUCUCGUUCAGUGGGUGGAAAUGACCGAGCGAGUUCUCCUUCUUGUCAACAGUUUAUCUGAGAUUUGUUCGCGGAUUGAUUGUUCUCCAAUCAUUCGUAUUCGUUCUAUUGCAAGAUUUCCGUCGUCCCAGCCUUCUAGAUUCUUUCAUGAGGAAAUAAGACCAAGUAGCGUUUUAGAAAAACAGAAAACAAGACCAGGCAGUCUUGAAAGACUUGGACGGUAUUAGUGUAGAAUAAAUCU